CCCUCAACGACCCAUCCCUGAGCGAUCCAUGUCACAGGAUGAAGAGUCGGGUUAUGAUUCCCCUGGCUCAGCUACCCCCAGCAUGCCUGAUGUUUAUUUCUCAAGUCCUCACUUGAAGUAUUUAAACCAGCAAUUGCAGACUCUCGAGCCGGAAGAAAUCCUCAAAUGGUGCAUGAUUUCUCUCCCAAAUCUAUUCCAGACUACAGCCUUUGGCCUUACCGGUCUCGUGACACUUGAUAUGCUAUCCCGUAUCAAUGCUGGGGCGCCCCGUCAGAUUGAUCUUAUCUUCCUCGAUACCCUCUACCAUUUCGAUGAAACCCUCGAACUUGUCGACAGAGUCCGUGAGCGUUACCCAAACUCGAAACUACACAUCUACAAGCCGAGCGGAUGUGCCAAUGCACGAGACUUUGAAUGUAUCCACGGGGAUAAUCUAUGGGACACCAACGACAAUCUCUACGACUAUCUUGCCAAGGUUGAGCCCGCACAGAGGGCUUACGCAGAACUCAAUGUGAAGGCUGUCCUCACCGGUCGUAGAAAGAGUCAGGGCGGAAAGAGGGGAGAUUUGGAUAUUAUCGGGCUGGAUGAUGCAGGGCUCAUUAAGGUCAACCCUUUAGCGAACUGGACGUUCAAGCAGGUUCGGGAGUACGUCACCAAGUACAACGUUCCUUACAACUCCCUUUUGGAUAUGGGAUACAAGAGCAUCGGGGACUGGCAUAGCACCAGUCCUAUUGCGGAGGGCGAAGACGAGCGGUCCGGUAGAUGGAAGGGCACCAACAAGACCGAGUGCGGUAUUCACAACCACCGCUCCAAGUACGCCGAAUACCUGCUCCAACAAGAGCAAAAGAAGAAUGGAGAAGCCCUUGUCGAUGCCCUCCACGAAGUCGGGUUACAAUGGGCCAUCUAGCCGGAUAACAAGCAAUGAAGAUGUUGGUGGUUUCUUUUUCAUCAUUACUGUCUAUAAUUCCCGUGAUUUUUGGGCAUCGGUAUGUUUCUUUACUGUGAAAAACGAGUUCAUUUCAUCAGUUUCUCUUCAUGGGCGGAGAACGGCGUUAUAUCAUUUUUUUUUUUUCCCUUUCCCAUUUGUUUGUCAUCGGUCAUUGCCAUGACUUACAUACAUAUUAUUUCCUUUUUCUUUCCCCCCAUCCCCUACUUUUGAGUACUAGUAGCAAAUAAAUCGAGAUGAGCAAUUCUAUCAUGAA